AUGACUUUCUCCACCUCUUCUCGCUCUAGGUACAAGGCCAAUGGUGUUCCGAGGUCUGUGCAGAACCACUGGCCGUCGACCAGCACUUUGGGCUCAAAACGGUCGUACUGGUCGAGCUCGAAUUUUGGAUGCGUGACGAUCAAAUCUCUCCGUCCUCCUAAAUUUGAGCACGAAUUCAAAUUCGAUUCUACCACGUCGAUUUACAAGGUCAAGGAGGAGCUCGCAAAGAAGAUUGGCAGUUCUCCGGACCACCUCACAUUGAUGCUCAAGACUAAGACGGUCCACGACGAGGACUUGCUAGAAAAGGUCGCCACGGAAGGGGUGUUGAAGUUGAAUGCCAUGGUGAAGGCCAGGCCAGAAACUACAGAAACGACGCGCGAAACCGUCAAGCCUGCGUCUGGCCUAUCGCCUGAGGCGUGGGCCAAGAUCUCGCAGAUUCUGGAGUCCGAGAUUGUCGACGAGGCUGUUCGGAACGAGUACUUGCAGAAGCUGAAGAGGGUGAGAAUGUGA